AUGCAAAUGGGAGUGGGAAUGGGCGGGUGUCAGAAGAGAAUAAAGAGCUGGUGUGACACAGCAGGACAAGGCAGAAGUGCUGCACUUUGGACAAGCUGCCCAGCUGAGCGACUGGAAGUGCUGGCGUGCCUGAGACAGCUGCAAGAGCAGCACAUGGAGGUGAUGAAGGUUUUUAAUGAUCCUAUUCACGGUCACAUUGAAUUUCAUCCCCUGCUGGUUCGGAUCAUUGACACCCCUCAAUUCCAGCGCCUCCGGUACAUCAAGCAGCUGGGUGGCACGUACUUUGUUUUUCCAGGAGCCUCUCACAACCGCUUUGAACACUCCCUCGGGGUUGGCUACCUUGCAGGAUGUCUGGUUCGUACACUGAAGGAGAGACAACCAGACCUGAAUAUAACCCAGCGAGACAUCCUCUGUGUAGAAAUUGCUGGGCUUUGUCACGAUUUGGGUCAUGGACCAUUUUCACAUAUGUUUGAUGGAAGAUUUAUUCCACUUACUCGUCCAGAUUUGGAGUGGAAGCAUGAAACUGCUUCUGUUCAAAUGUUUGAGCACUUGAUCGCUUCCAAUAAACUAGAAGAAGUCAUGAAAUCGUAUGGUCUUGUCCUGGAAGAAGAUAUGUUGUUCAUCAAGGAACAAAUAGGAGGGCCUGUAGAUGAAACUGCCUGUGUGAAAUCGUGGCCCUACCGUGGUCGACCAAAGGAGAAAAGUUUCCUCUAUGAGAUUGUAGCUAAUAAAAAAAAUGGCAUUGAUGUUGACAAGUGGGAUUAUUUUGCAAGGGAUUGCCAUCACCUGGGCAUCUCGAAUAAUUUUGACUAUAAGCGAUUGCUUAUCUUCACUCGGGUCUGUGAAGUGGAAAACCAGAAGCAUAUCUGUACCCGUGACAAGGAAGUUGGAAAUUUGUAUGAGAUGUUCCACACCCGGAACUGUCUGCACCGGAGAGCAUACCAGCAUAAGACUGGCAACAUCAUUGAAAUAAUGAUAACAGAAGCCUUUCAAAAAGCAGACAGAUUUUUAAAAAUAAGCGGCUCUGGAAAAAAAGAGUAUCGGAUUUCUACAGCAAUGGAAGACAUGGAAGCCUACGCUAAACUAACUGACUGUAUCUACCUGGAAAUUCUGCACUCAAGUUCUCCAGACCUGGAGGAGGCACGAGAAAUUUUGCGUAAAAUAGAACGACGUGAAUUAUACAAAUUUUUAGGAGAGACUCGACCUGAAUCAAAGAAGGAAAUUGUAAAGAGUAAUAUCCUGGCAGAAAGCAUUGCAAAUUCCAAGCCAAAGAAGAACCCUCCAGACGUGGAGCUAAAGGCUGAGAACUUCAUAGUUGAUGUUAUCAGAAUGGAUUAUGGAAUGAAGGAACAGAAUCCAAUUGAUAAGGUUCACUUCUAUUGCAAGGCUGAUCCUCUCAAGGCAGUCAAAAUCACUAAAGAGCAGGUUUCAAACUUUUUACCCAUAAUAUUUAUGGAGCAGGUUGUCCGGGUUUAUUACAAAAGUCAGGAUCCACAUAUUAUUUCAGCUGCAAAACAGUACUUUGUUCAGUGGUGUAUGCAGAAUGAUUUCACCAAACCACAGGAUGGUGAUGUUGUUGCUCCUCAUCUAAUUCCAAUGAAGGAAGCCUGGAAUAACACGACAUGAUGAACACAGGAGAGCCUCAGAACCCAGCUGCAAACAAAGGCUUUCUUUUGAUCAGUAACAGGUUUCUUUUUGGCACUAUUUUGUCUGCUUCCUUAGAAGAUGAGUAAAUUUGAGCAUCAACUCUUCUAAAAGCUGAUUGGAUGGACUGGAAGAAUUCACAGAACAAUGCAGAAUGCAUUUUACAAUACAGAAUGUUUUAAUGUACAUACUUAAAGUGCGUAUUCCAGAUGGACUUCUAAAAAACAACAUAUUACAACAGAGUAAACUCAGUUCUCAUUUAGUUUUGAAUGUAUUGACACUGUGUAGCAAGAGUAACUUUAAAAAUUGCAAUUCAUUGUUAUUGCAAGAUUUUACUACUCC